AUGUCGUCCCAGUCACCAGAAAACGGAAUUCCUGCGGGGAGUGGAGACCAGAGCAUUUUCUCCUGCAGCAUUUGUACCAAGAUAUUCACGAAGAGGUUGUCCCGGAAUCGCCAUGUGCUUUACUGCCGUCAAAGGCAACUCAAGCAAAACCCUAGCCGGAAGAAAUCGUGCACACUCUGCAGGCGUGCUAAGACGAGAUGCAGUGAGGCAAUACCACAGUGCACGCGGUGCAAAGCGAAAGGAUUAGAUUGCAAGUAUGAUCACGAAAACUCGGCUUUGCUAUUUCUUGAGCUCGGUGAGGGGGAGUCCGACCACGAUGUAGGGCUCAACCUCCCUGCACCGAGAACAGAGCCGGCGACACUUCCUACCCAAGCACUGCAGAUUCCCUUGCUAAAUCCAACCAAUGGGGAAAAUUCUCAAGUCGAUUUUCGGUUGAACAGUUUGGCAUCACAUCAGGAUUACCUGCCAGGCCAGCUACUUGACCAUGAGAUCGAUUUCAAUUUGGAUCUUGAAGUCCCUCAAUAUGAAGACUGGCUGGAUCCCAACCGCAUAGGUGAAAUAGCUCAAGAUGUGUGCGAAUCUGCACAUCAGCUCACUGUGUUAUCCAACUCUGGAGGGUCGAGACAGAUAACAGGUCACAACGAUAACCAAUCCAGCCUCCAAUAUCCUCAAGAGUUACUCCAGCACCCAUCAUAUUUGAAUACAGUUGAUGGUGAAAUGAGUCUGCUCUCAGCACGAGCUGCCCGAAUCGAACCAAUAUUCUCCGCUGCUCGUAAGAUUGGCCUCUUCCGACGGAGGGAGCGAUCAUUUGGGUCCCAGCUGAGCGCCCAUUUUCUGCUCCAAACACUACGUUCAUAUCCCAAAAUUUUGCUGUCUGGCUCUCUUCCGCCAUUCAUUCACGAAAACUUCGGAGGUCUUGGCAAUCGAGAUCUUGUCGCUAGCUCAAUGGAAUUACCGAUUUCAAUCCUCCCCGAACCGCUUGCCAUCUGCAAGAGUAUAAUUUGUAUGUACUUUUCGAAGACUUCGGAGAGCACGUCUUUCGUGUGGAGGACCAUAGACAUGGAGUUGAAUCGCUUAGGCCUGGAGUUUCAUGCCUUUUCUGAGUGGACUCUGAUGUCAUCUCUUCAAGCUUUAACAAUCUACAUUCUCCUAGCCACUCUCGAAGAAGAUAACCUCUCUCCUGCUAUUGAUGCAAAGUUGCUUCAGAUGAUGAUGGAAUGGAUUCUCCAAGAAUCAAGAGAUCGAACAUUUACUCUCCUCUAUAUCAUCAACAUGCUUUUCGAUAUCAAUCCAACCCAUGACCCGAAUGUUUGCAAUGCGAUUCUGUCUAUGCCAGUUCCUGCACACAAGUCGUUGUGGGAAGCAAAGGGAUAUCCUGAAUGGAAGAAGGCGCACACUGGGUUUCUCCAAAAACGCCAGGGGAGACCUAGCCUUGCUUAUCGUGAUAUCACACAAAAGGAUUGGAAGAAUGAGGUAUCCAUAUUAGUUUGA